AUGUCAAAAGAGCCCCAUUGGUCAUCUAUCCGACAUAGAAAGGCCUCAACCGACCGGCCACCUCCAUCUACACGUUCAUGGAACGCUUCUUACGCCCGCCAUGAGUUCAGCCGUAGACUCACGCUCGGAGAUUUGGGAGAAUGGUUGAGAGAAAGGCAGGAGCCUGCCCCGGGUGUCACGUUAGGAGACGUAGGGGAUUGGUUCAAGAGAAAACUCCCAAGCCAACGUCCAGAAAGAGGAGGAACUUUGAGGACUCAAGAAGAUCGGGACAAGGGGAAAACAAGUGGCAUGCGUUUGGUCGCCCCUGCGCAUAAUAACGGCAGUGAUUCAUCUACAGGUUGGCCUUUAUCAGAGCAACCGUCGGAUUCCAAUCGCCGAACUGGUCAACAGAGUGGCACAGGCGGUUCAGAUCGUCUCGUAGACUGGAACACGCCAAAGAAUCUAAGUGACUUAUCGCCAGAACAGAGUCUUUUAUCCAAAGGGAAAACAACUACAGGCCAGAAACCACCCGCCCAUCGAAGAUGGAACAACUUGGGUUCUCCCAGAGUGCGCAACAAGCUCAAGCAAAAAUCCGUAAGCGAUGACAUAGCAUCGAAAAAAGACACAUGGGAGCAAAUGCAGAGCAACGCUCACGGGGCGCAGGCUUUCGGUCCGGCCAUGCAAGUGAUGCCUGGCAUACUCGAGGUUCUUGAAGCCAGGAAGAAAGCGAAGAAAAGGGCACGAGACGAUCGAGAAAGCUUGAUAGAGAGUGGAGAUUACCUUGGAGUCCAAGGCAUCAACCCGCAGACUGGUGUUUUAGAUCUAACAUCAGAGAGUGGUGACAGUGCCCUGAGCGUCAGGACCGAACAAAAGCUGGCAAACCUCGAAACUCAGGCCAAACAUGCGACUUCGGCCGUGAAAAGAAAACAGGCCGAAGCUGAAAUCGUCAAAAUGCAUUUUGACCGAGACAUUACGAAGUUGCGGCGUCGAGAGAAAAUCGAGAAACAGCUUGCUAAAUGGAGAAAGGAUACACAUCAGUGGUCAUCAGUACAGGAGCCUGAUCUGAGUCCUAUUGCUCAGUCACACAGAAGCAUCUCUGUGCUGUCAAGUCAGUACAUUUCCCCUCUCACCUCGAGUUAUUUGCUGAUUCUCUUUGUUACAGGGCGCAGGUCGCGUCGCGAUCACAGCGUGCCGAAGCACGAAGAUCUCAUAGACCUAAGCCUCCCAGACGACCAGCCAAACCAAGAACAACGCCCUGCCAUAACACCUUUGACUAGUUUAAGAUCCAGAGAAAACGCGCAUUCGUCUGACACAGUGGUGAAGACUCCUCGUUGCCACAGUCUCGAAGUUCCAACUCCUGCGGCCCUAGAACUUUUUGAAAAUGACAUUAAGUUCCAAAGCGCAGACGAGCUUGGACUAAACGAAGACCUGCCCUUAGAGCAUGAUAGCACGCCCCCAAAAAUUCAUGCGCAGGCGAUGAGUAGUCAAUCAUCGGAGAUGACUGAUGCCCGAGAAGUGAAAGAAGCUUAUGCAGGCACCAACAAAGCAACACUGGAGCCUUUUUUAGACAAAACCCCAAACGAGCAAACAGAGCCAGGACAAGCAGCAAUGUCUUGGGCAACGACCUGCCCCCAAACAUUACCAGAUCUUUCGACGAUAAAUCUUCCAGUAGUCAGCCGCGACACCACCUUCACACUGGUGAAGAACGCACACGAGACGCCAAGUUCCUGGGACAGCAAUCCACAAAAAGGCUCCAUGCAAGGUUCGACAACGAGCCACAAGAGAUUCACUAUCCAGCCGAAAAAACCGAAGCAAAACCUGUCAGAAUCCCUCGAAAACCAGUGCCAGCAAGCAGACCUUUCUCAAACCCUAACAGGGCGCGCGUAG